AUGUCUGCCAUCUUCUCUCUUCAAGGCAAGGUUGCCAUCGUGACCGGCUCCGGCCGAAGCAAGGGCAUCGGCGCCGCCAUUGCCGCCCUGCUAGCCCUCCAUGGGGCCGCCGUGGUGGUCAACUUUCUCUCCCCUGCGACAGCUUCACAGGCUGAGGGUGUUGUCCGCGGUAUCGCGCAGCAAGGCGGGCAAGCCGUCGCCGUGCAGGCAGACAUCUCGACAGAGGCCGGGGUGCAGGCUCUUGUCGAUGCAGCGGUCGAGCUUGGGGGAAAAAUCGACAUUAUAGUUAACAAUGCGGUUGCCGGCUCCUCCGGACCAGCGCUGCAGGCCUCACUAGAGACCAUCCAGUACACCUUUGCAGUCAACGUGGCCGGACCGGUGCUCCUCAUCAAGGCCGCAGUGGCACACAUGCCGCCUCGUAGCCGGAUCAUCAAUAUCGGGUCCAUCGCGUCGCGGAUAGGAGGUCCCGGCUCGGCGCUGUACGGUGCCUCCAAGGCGGCCAUGGACGCGCUGACGUAUUCCAUGGCGUGGGAGCUUGGGCGCGACCACGGCGGGAUCACAAUCAACACCGUCGCCCCCGGCCCUGUCGAUACGGAGAGUCUGCCGGCGCCGGUGGCGGCAAAGAUACACGGGGCGUUGAUCCCCAUGACGCGCGUGGAGGAACGGGUCGGAACAGUGCAGGAGAUCGCAGACGCAGUGCUGCUGCUGUGUUCGGAGAAGAGCCGGUGGAUUUCGGGGCAGUGCAUUUCUGUCAGCGGGGGGAUCACGGGCGGAGUGUAG